AUGCGAGCCGAAUCGCGUCGGCCGACGCCGCAUCUCGGGGCUUUGGCUCAUGAUCGUAACCGCUACAAACACAAGGCGCCGGAUUUCUAUGCACUGGGUCAGCAGUACGCAGAGUUCCGACACUAUCUGCGCAAUGUGGACGAUGUCAAUUGCCGUGCUUCACUUGCGUGGGAUGACCCAUUUGCUGUCAGGGAACUGACGAAGACGCUGCUUCUGCAUGAUUUUGGGUUGCACUGGGAGAUUCCGAUCAAUCGGUUGUGUCCACCGUUGCCAAACCGAUUGAACUAUCUUCAUUGGAUCGAAGACUUGCUCCGUCAGGCCGAUUGGAGCAAGUUUGUCGGGCAGGAGCAAGAUCUAAAAACCACAGCAGUGAACGAGGAGAUUGUUUCUGGAAUCGAUGUAGGGACGGGGGCAAACUGUAUCUACGCGUUGCUUGGCGCAACGAUGAACAAGUGGAGGUUUAUCGCAACGGAGAUUGACGCCGAGUCUUUCGCGUGUGCGAAGGAAAAUGUAUCUCGCAAUCAUCUUGAGGCCUUCAUAACUGUCAAGCGUACACAUACGAAUCGAUUGUUAGCGGAGCCGUUAGAGGGGGAGCCACUGGGGCACAAAUUCCACUUUGUUAUGUGCAACCCGCCGUUCUUUGAUAACAUGGAUGAAGCAGACACAAAUCCUGAGUCGAGCUGCAUGGGUAGCACUAACGAAAUGGUAUUUCCAGGGGGCGAAGUUGCUUUCAUCGGGAGAAUGAUCGCAGAUAGCAAGGACUUGCAGAACCGCGUGCUCUGGUUUACCUCGAUGGUUGGCAGAAAAGCAAGUUUGCGCAAGCUUUUAGCUUUGCUUCGCGAGACGAAGGUGCGAAGCACUCGCACUACUGAGUUUUUUCAGGGACGAACCAAGCGGUGGGGAAUUGCUUGGACUUUUGCAGAAGAUGUGGCAGACACGUUGUCGGUUAAAGUACUGGGUAAGCGGAAGGAAGCUCAUCGCAAGCAGGAACUUCGUUUUCGACUGCCGUUGAAAAGUGAAGAAGCAGCACACGGUUGUACUUCGGUAGCCGAGGUUCACAUGAGAAUACGUGAAUUUGUUGACUCCGCGGAUGGGCUGCAGUUGUUAACGGAGAGUAAAGGUCAAACCAAUCAGGGCACGGAACACGAAGAGUGUCGUGAUCGGCGGAGGUUUCGGCUAGAACAGCACAAGCCGAAUCAAGAAACACCUGAUGAUGGUUUGACUCAAGUGCAUUGCGCCGGUCGAGUGGACGUGCUCUCACUGAAUGACAACGAGGGCGGGUUUGAGGUCUUCAUCGCUUUCGAGGAAGGCAAGCGGGCUGCGUUCUGGACAAUCGUCGAUAUGCUUCAAGCAGCCACGAUCCGCACCGGACGUCAGUGGAGAAGAGCGCUUCGACAACAGCAAUACCAUCAGUAG